AUGUGGGGGAAGGCGAAGUAUACGUGUGCUGCCCUCGGACCUGAUGACAAGAUUUACUGCGCUCCACUGGAGGCACACCGUGUCCUCCUCAUCAUCCCGGAGGCUCACGAGGUUGAAGAGAUCGGCAUCGAUCUGGGCAAGGAGGAGGAGAAAUACUCAUGCAUCGCACCAGCGCCUGUGGGGCCCAUGAUGUACGCAGCACCACGCAAUGCACGCUUCUUGCUGGAGGUCGACACGAGGAGAUGCUUUGUCCGGGAGGUUGGCAAGGAUCUGGGCCUCGUGAAGCGCAAGUUCACCGCCAUCCUCACCGGGUGA